CAUAAAAACAAAUCCUUGUUGUUUUUCUGGGUUUACGACAGAUGAGGUUAUUUCACUGUAUUUUGAGGGCUCCAUGAAUUAGGGUUAGGGUCACAAGGGUUUCCAAGGGUUUAAUCCACGUAAUAUGGCUUCCUUGGUCGCUGAUUAUGGCACAUCAUCGGCAUCUGAGAGUGAGGACGACUGUAGUGAUAAUGUGUCUAGAGACGAAGCAGAAGAUGAUGAGGAGAACACGAAGAGCGAUCCCGAUGUCUCCAACCACUCCAGUAUCCCAAAACUUCCACUACCAACUCCAGACUUCAAUGGCACACCCGCCCUGAAGACGUCUGUCUUCAUAAAUCCUUUUGUCGAGGCUGAAAAGGCGAAGAGUGCGAUAUUGGAGAAGCACGUUAAGAUGACCCCAACCCUGGAUGACACCAAGAUGAUCAAUGGAAGGAAAAUAUGUUGGAAUUACAGAAAGGGAAGAUGUCGGUUUGGGCACAACUGUACAUUUGCUCAUGACUCGGAUCUUCACAGAAGUGCAGCCGAGUUGGAAUCGAGUCGAGCACCUGAGGAGACCAUCAUAUGCCAGACGAAUUUUCACAAUCAGGGGGGACACGACGAGGACGACGAGGUGGAUCAGGAGAAUAAUCUGACUAAGAGGAAGAAGAGACCUGGACUCGCCCAGAACCUCGUACCUGGCAAGAAAGUCUUGAAGAUGUACAAAGCACAACAGGCCAAGGCUGUCGGUAGAUAGAUUCAGUUUUUAGGUUAUGUUGGGGGGGUUUGGGGGUUAAUUGCCUAUUUUUAUUUACUGAGGACGUGUUGAGGACUCUCAGCUGAUGAUUGGGACGUUAAUUGAGGUCAGGAGAUGUUGAUUAAGUGAGGAAUUAUUUCUUUUACCAGCUUUUUGAGGUUAUGUUGGGGGUCGGGGCUUAAUUGCCCAUUUUUUACGUCUCCUUUUUUGUCAUUUUCAUUUGAGUAACAGUUAACCUGCUUUUGAGAUUAUGAUUGUGGGCCAACGGUGGCAGAUUUUACUGAACCUAAUUAUAUUAAUUUGGAGUCAGUCAACGAUAGAUUGAUAAUGUCCAGGGUAUUUUCCCCACUUCGUCGAUUCGUUUAAAUCUCUUCAAUAGUCCCCUAAAGAAAUUACAAAAAUGACUGCGCAUUAUUGAUGUUCCAAUCUCCAACCGAUCGUCCUUAAGGAUAUGGCCUCCCUCUCCGACCUAAUUACGAUCAAUCGGACAUCCUAACCUCAAAUUUAAUCAAAAGUUAAUCGUGGCUAGCUUAACCAAAAAAACUGGCCUCGAGGUGCCAAAAAAUGGCUCUUAACCUAAAAACUGAUCCUUCAGGUCCAUUUUCUUGAACAAAAGUCCCAAAAUGUAACGACAAAAUGGCUCCCAACCCCUCUGACGACACUGAUUGAGGUUGUGUAACCGACGUAACCUAGUUCAUUGCUUCCAAAUAACUCCAAAUCACAGAUAAACAUAAAUAAUCGUAAGAUGAAUCUACGUAACAAUUGUAAACGAAUAUUUGCACUUUUACCAAAUAUCGUAGGGUAGAUUUUGAGAUAUAAAGAUGUUUUUUCCGACUCAUUGGUAAUCUUCCUGACGAUUAGCAGGUGAACAGUGGGAUCCUGAGAGUUGACGAUGAAUUUUCAUGAUGAAUACUGCAAUUUUAUUGAUUCACAUCGACCUCUCACCCCCAAUUUCUCCAGGACAAUGAAAGUUUCUGUACAAUUUUUCGAUGUUCCGAGGACAUUUACUACUUCCAUACUCUUCUAGAAUUUUACAAUGUUAUUAUUGAUUCAUUAAUAAGUAAUAAAUGAUAAUUAUUAGGCGCCCAAUCCAAUGAAACAGACAAGAGAAGACAGAUCUCUCUUCUCGUUUUGGAAGAUGAAAAAUUCCAAAGUAAUAAUUUAUGAUAGCUAAUUAAUUGAAUAAUUCAUUGAGAAUAGUUAAUUAAUUAAUUGGUUAAUGGCUUCCCUUUUGAUUUUAAUUAUUUUUUCGUCUCCAAAACUGUUCUAAAAAUUGAUAAACGAGAAAAUCAAACAGGAAAUGAAGUUUUCCACGAGUAUUACUAAUUAGUAAAUUAAUUAAUUAAUUAUACAAAUUAAUGUGAAGACUUAUUGGUCGUAACGUUCCAUCAUUGUAUGAAGAUUUUAAACAAUUAAUUAAUAAAGAAUUUAUGAAUAGUUGAAAA